AAUCUCGACGGUGUCGAGUGUCGCGGUUAGUCAGCGUUCGCCGCUCACGUAAGCGACGUAAUCGCGCUUUCGGGAUAAACAAGAACCCCCGCUAUGGAGACGCGUCGCGUCUCUCCUUCUGGAAACGCGAUACUCGUGCGCAUUCAUUUUAUCGGGCUCAAUCUGGCCUAAAAAACCGAAGAAAAAAAAAAGGUCUUUAUCUCGCGCCGCGUGACCUCUGCCAUCGGGCUCUCCGUAGCCGUGAAAUUCACUCCGAGAUCGCUCACUCGGUGAUCUCGGAGGAGCCGUUCAUUGACUCUCUCCCUCUCCUCUCUCUCUCUUUCUUCUCCGCAUUCUCCCUCUCCCUUCGACGCGGUGCAUCUGCAUCACUCGCUCGCGCGCACUUCGCCGUGCAUAAAGUCGCUUCUCUCUCGGUUCUUCCCCGGUCUCCCUCCGCGAGCGAUUCGCCCCACCAGUACUCGAACCUCUUCGCGACGAGGAAGAGGUGGUCUGUGUGCCUCGCCGGAGAGGAACGAGCCGCUCGGCUCGAAGUGGAGUUUAUUCCGUGUUCUCCGGUGUGUCUAGUGUCAGUUCUGGCGCAACCGCGUCUGCACGCGCGGAAUUAUUAUUUUGUUCUCGCGCGGCGUAUUUUUCUCUGAAAGAGCCGAAGAGGAAUAUCUGUGCGCGUGGAGGAAGAGCCCGAGGACGACGUUGCUCACCAGGUCUUAGUGUUGAUUCAUCGCGGAGGCUGCAAAGGCGAACAUCAUUAUCGGAAUAAUGAAGAGAGAAGCCGAGGCUGGCGCUAUGACAGGUUCUGGGGGUCCAACGAGCCCCCACAAGCGCUAUCGACAGGGUGACGAUGAGCUCCGUCUUCUCAUCCCGAGUAAGGUUGCCGGUUCGAUAAUCGGCAAGGGUGGCCAGAACAUCACCAAGCUCAGAAGUCAGUACAAAGCCUCAAUCAUUGUACCCGAUUGCCCCGGACCCGAACGGGUGCUUACCAUCAGCUCGGACCUGCCCACCGUUUUGCAAGUGCUGAACGAGGUCGUACCUAAUUUGGAAGAGACACGAUUUCAGAACGGCUCCCGUCAUGGCAGCGACGAGAUCGACGUGCGCAUGCUGGUGCAUCAGAGUCAAGCGGGAUGCAUCAUCGGCAAAGGGGGUCUGAAGAUCAAGGAGCUCCGCGAGAAAACCGGAGCCAGGAUCAAGAUCUACUCCAACACCUGCCCCCGCAGCACGGAUCGCCUCAUCAGCAUCUGCGGGAAACCCUCGACGUGCAUCGAAUGCAUACGCGAAUUGAUCGCCACCAUUAAGACUUCACCGCUGAAGGGUGUGAACAAUCCUUACGAUCCGCACAACUUCGACGAUUUUUACGCCGAUGAUUAUGGCGGCUACGGGAACGCCGACGGUAAUCAGGGCAAGGUCGGCGGAUUUGGCGGGCCCGGUGGUCGCGGUGGUGGCGGCGGCGGCGGUGGCGGUGGCGGAGGUGGCGGUGGCGCCGGGGGUGGUGGCGGCGGGAUGCCGCCGAGACGCGACAAUCGUGGCGGCGGUCCUGGCGACAUGAAUCGCGGCUUUCCGCCGCCACCAAGAGGCGGCCCACGCGGAGGCGGCGGCGGCGGAAUGUCCGGCGGCCCGCCGGAUCGCGGAUAUGGGGGUAACUCGCGCGUAGGCGGUGGCGGCGGAGGCGGCUACGAGGGCGGCCGCGGAGGUGGCGGAUACGGUGGCGGAAGUGGCGGCGGCGGCGGUGGUGGCGGCGGCGGCGGCGGUGGCGGUGGCGGUGGUGGUGGCGGUGGCGGCGGAAACCGAGGCGGACCGCCACCCUACGGCGGCGGAAAUUACAACGGUGAUGGAUGGGGAAUGCAAGGAGGCGCGCCUAAUGGCCUAGGUGGCGGCGGUAACUUGGGGAUGGGUGGCCCACCUAUGGGUGGAAACAAUCAAGGCAACCAGGGCAACAUGAGCGGAAACAAGACCAGUACACAAGUCACCAUUCCCAAAGACUUGGCCGGCGCCAUAAUUGGCAAAGGCGGUGCGCGGAUCAGAAAAAUCAGGUCCGACAGUGGUGCUGGAAUAACUAUAGACGAGCCACUGCCCGGCAGUAACGAUCGUAUCAUCACUAUUACCGGGAUUCCCAGUCAGAUACAAAUGGCCCAGUACCUGCUGCAGCAGAGCGUGCACGAGAAUGCAGAUCAUUACUAAGCCAUGGUUGCAUUCGGGGGAGGGGGAGCCAAAGAUACAUUUUUGUAUUUUUUUUUUUUUUUUUUUUAGAAAUAUUUCUUGGGUAAAUAUGUAAACGUUGAGAAAGUGGAAACUGAAACAAGUACAUAUGUUGACAUGCAUCCACGGAGACAACUUCCGACAAAGCGCUACGCGCAGAAGAAUGUGAUGGAAUUUUACACACACCACACGUGAAUCACCCUCUCCCAGAAAGAGAAACGCUUAAAUGGUCUAUGCUAACGCGACCUUGAUGUAGCGAGAUACUGUUCUCAAGAAUGGUAGCCGCCCAUCGCAGCCUGCAAAGUAAAUUGAUCUAUGAAUCGAGUACCGCUAAACAUUUUCGAUGUCGGCCUUUUUUUAGAUUAUAGAACUCUCUUUGUAUCGUGUUCGAGGCACAUACACAUAAAUACACUGUCGAUGUGACAGCGGGGGGUUUCAAACUGGCGAACAAAUCGCACCGUGUUCCCCGAUGUUAGCAUUCCCGAGAAAACGUAUUUAUCGCUUGAAAGAAAUCCAAAGAAUGAUAUCCCUUCUCUCUACCGUAAUAGCGCGAGCUAUUUUACGAGACAUCGUAUUUAUCUCCCUCUUUUUCUCUCUUUUUUUUUUUAAAUCAUUAUUAGAUGUUGUUCCCUUUUAUUCGACGGAAUUAACGUAUUAAUUUUGAACUAUAUCAUAGUGUGUUAACGAAUGAUCGCUGAUGAAUGACACUGGCGCGAGACAGCCAAUUUGAAACCGUUUACGCGCGUUCAAGCGACUUUUUGAACAUCGAGACCUGACAACGCACACUUUUUUCGCAUUACGUUUCUUUCCAGCUUUUUGAUAAAUUCUUUACAAAUUUUAAUCCUAUUGAAGUAUAAGAGUAAAUGCGCAAUGGAGUGAAUGCGAGGGCAACAGUGUCGGAAGAGCGAGGUUGCAGCGACGAAGAGCGAGAGAGAAAGAGAGAGAGAGAAAAAAGAUUUCACAACUAGGCAAAUAUAUUUGCAAGAGAAAAGAAGCAUACAAAAAAAUAUAUCGCGAAAAGAAACUGUACAUAAGACCCACUAACCAUCCUUUCCCCUUCCUUAAUUGCCGCAUACACCGUUUCUCUGCUGUUGCAUUAUAUUAUUGUAGUUACUAUAUAUUGCUUAUUAUUAUUAUUACUAUACAUGGUUAUAUUGAUAAGGAUAUCUUUUACAUUAUUAUAUCCCACCCUAAAUCUGAACUAAUCAUACUUUAUCUUUAGGGAACGCAUAAGCAGCGUUCUUAGUGUUAUAAUUAGUAAUUAGAUUUAAGGAAGAGAUAAGUAAGUAAGAGUAUAUGGGGGGCACCAUCGGCGAAGAGGGUACCAAACGGUUUAGGGAACGAUAAUAUUGAAUCUGCAACGAAGUCUGUUGUGUAUUAGUAAUAUAUUUCGAUAAAAAUAGAUGUAUCAUGUUCGAUUUAUUUUCUGACUUAAAUAAUACUUUUUUCAGUUUGUUUCAUUCGCCUCUAUAGUUAUUUUUCUAUUAUAUAUUGUACAGAGAAUAUCCCUCUUGCGCGAGAGAAAUGUGAGAUGUAGAUUAUCGAGACGAGUUCAAACGACGCUGUUGCCGCAGCUUUAAAUCUUUUAUCACGAUCACACCCUCGUCGAUGUGUGAAAUCUUCGAUUCAAAAAAGGAAAAAAAAUUCACACAAAGAUACGACGACUGCAACAGUUUCAAAAGUAACAUAUGCCGAAUUCGACGUAUAACAUAAUCUGUAAAUAUAUACUUGUACCGUAGAAAUAGCACUAUCUUGUGAAACGCAACUCUACGCUCGAGCGAUUGUAUUUUUUAACAAGUAUAGCGGCCGUAUAGGUGAUUUUUUCUAAGUGCAAUUAAAAACAAUUGUACCGAAAAAGCGUUAUCUAGUGCAGCCGUUCGAGCAAUCGUGAUUAAAAGAACCGCCCCGGAGAAUAACGAAUUUAAUUCUCGAGCUAACGUUAGAGGGUUACAUGAUCGUCAUCGACGCAUAUGCCGGACUGUACAACCCUUGACCUUGAUAGAAAAAAAAA